CCGUGAAGUGAAGGGAUAUGCUACGAGUUGAGUCGCCGAACAUACAGUUAGUAUACGACGAUGUCUAGUUCUAGUUUCAGUGAUAUGCGGUUAUCCGACAGAAUGAGUUUACCAAAUGGCGUGGAUAUGUCCGCUGCGAUCAUGUCUCAACACCCGGUGCUCGGCUCAUUGCCACCGGCUUUUUUUCUAAGAGCUAGCGAACGCUAUCAGAGAACUCCGAAAUGUGCGAGAUGUCGAAAUCACGGAGUCGUCUCGGCUCUCAAAGGACAUAAACGUUAUUGCCGUUGGAGAGAUUGUGUUUGCGCGAAAUGUACGUUGAUCGCCGAACGACAACGAGUGAUGGCUGCUCAAGUUGCCCUACGAAGACAGCAAGCGCAGGAAGAAAACGAAGCUAGAGAAUUAGGAUUGAUAUACCCUCAAUCGCAGAUCGCCACAUCGUCCAAUGUAACAGCUAGUGCAACUUCUUUGCCGGCUUUGCAGUCGUCUAUACAUUGCUCGCAGGAGAGCACUCGAAGUCAUCUCAGUAGUCCAGGUAGCAAACGACCAAGAAUUUCGGAAAAAGAAAUUCUCGAAUGUGACGAGCCAUCUAGUCUAGACAAAAGACGAAGAUCAAAAAGUAGAUCACCUAGUUUAACGCCUACAUCAGAAAUUCCAACAUCACCUUCACCUCCUGUAAACGUAGGCUCGUUUUCGGUCGACGAUCCUAGAGGAAUAUCUCAUACAGAGGAUGACAGCACAGAUAGUGAUGUAGCUCCGGAAAACCUAUCGUUGAAGAAAAACUGUUCCUUGCCAUCGGAAAACAAUACGCCAAUUUCUGCCGAUUUAGAUCAAAUGUCAUUCUCAGCGUUCUUCAAUUCGCAACAAAUAACAGCGCAACAAUACCAGCAAAAGUCACCAGUCGACGUACUACGUAGGGUAUUUCCUUCGAGGCGAAGAGCUGAAAUUGAAUUAGCUUUACAGAGGUGUAAAGGCGACGUACUUCAAGCUAUAGAAGUAAUGAUGAACUCAGAAUCCGAAGAGUCGAUCCAAGCAGCAUCAGCAUUCUCACCAUUAGCUAUAGGAUGUUCUCCAUUUCAUCGAAAUUUCAGCCCUCAUCAUGCAAACAGGCGAUUUCUAUCAGCACCUUAUGCCGGUACAGGUUACUUACCAACGGUCAUCAGACCUCCAUUAGGGUAUCCUCAGAAUGCCUUGGCCAUGCAUCACCUUACACCUUCAUCGGUGGCCAACGAUGUUUAUAAUAACUCUUGUAUUUCCGAUAAACCAGUCACCACUUCACCGGGUUCUGCUUCGAGUUCGGAAAAGACCACGUAUUCUGAAUGAUGCAGCCUACGACGACGAUGUGCAUAUCUGUAAAUAAAUUUAUCAAAUUAGCAAGCUACUUUUAAAUUUUUUAAUUUGUUACCUCAUCGUGUUUGGUUCUUGCGAUCAAUUUUGUCCUUUCAGUCUCUCUAUAUUUUUUUUUCUCUCUUGUAUGUAUUAAUGUAUAUUUAUCGAUGAAUUGUUAAACUAUGAUUUAAUUGUGAAGGUUUUAGUUCUCUAGUGUAGAUAAUGGAAAAUCGUUUACCUUGUAUUUAUUUUCAGCAAUAUGCGAAUUAAAUUUAUACAAUUUGCGUCAUU